GAAUCUUAAUUAAUUAUAUACAAUACAAAACACAAACAACAUUUUCACAGGCCGACGGUGAAAUAUAAAUUUUAAUACUUUUGGAUAUAACUCAUAAUUUUGUAAAAAUUGUGGUGAAUAGCAACAGUCUUAUUGGAUUUCAUUCACAUUAAAGUGUUGAAAUUUCUGCAUUUUAUUGCAUUGACAAAUUUUGGCCCAUACAGAUUAUGGGCAUAUCAGAGGAAGUCAAACUGGAGGAAUUACCACAAGAAGCCAAACUAGCUCAUCAGGAUGCCAUUCCUGACCGUUCGAUCUCGUGCAUUGUGACGACUGGUGCCAGCGGUGGCACCAACAGUCCCAUUUCUGAUGGAAACAGCGAUGGCGAAUUGGACGAUUAUGCACCGAAAAGAAAACAACGCCGUUAUCGCACCACAUUCACCAGUUUUCAAUUGGAGGAAUUGGAGAAGGCAUUCUCGCGCACCCAUUAUCCCGAUGUGUUUACAAGAGAGGAACUGGCCAUGAAAAUUGGACUAACUGAAGCGCGUAUACAGGUAUGGUUUCAAAAUCGUCGUGCCAAAUGGCGUAAACAGGAAAAAGUGGGACCACAAUCGCAUCCCUAUAACCCGUAUUUACCUAGUGGUCCCGGCUCCAUACAAACUGUGGUUGGUUCGGCAUUACCACCGAAUCCCUUCACCCAUUUAGGUUUCGCUAAUUUACGGAAACCCUUCGAUAGUCCAGCAAAUAUGGCAGCAUUUCGUUAUCCACACUUGACUGGCGCACCCAUGUUGCCGACGGGUUAUUUCAAUCAAUUUCAAAGAGCUCCACCACAUAUGCUGCCACCUGGAAUGGCUUCCAUGUAUUCACCUUCGACAUCGUUUCAGUCGCUGUUAGCCAAUAUGACGGCAGUACCCCGACAGCCGCCGAUGCAAGUUAAACCUCCCAUGCAUAUUGGUUCACCUGACUUGCACUCACCCAAUCAUUUAAUUGCCUCACCACCAACUUCACCCUCUUCGGUAACUUCACAAACGGGACCAAGCGCACCACCGCAAUCACAACACUCUCCUGGUCUUGGCUUGCCACCCAUGGCAGCUCAUCAAUCGAUACCACCAGCCGUGGCCGCACCACCGCCACCCAAUGUACCACAGUCGGCCGUGGUGAUGUCCCAUCAUUCACCCCAACAUCAGUCGGCUGCUCAACAAACGAAUGCCAUACGUUCCUCGACGCCACCUGAAGAUCGUCGUUCCUCCUCGAUUGCAGCAUUGCGCCUGAAGGCUCGUGAGCAUGAACUGAAACUGGAGAUGCUGCGUCAGAAUGGUCACAGCGAUGUUCUCAGCUAAUGAACACCACCAGCACAUGUUCGUAAACGGUUCUGCUGGCAGCUGUUGUGCGAAGUAAUUAAUUAAUUUAUUUAAAAUGAAUUAUUUAGCUGCUAAAUGACUUCCCACUUGUACGAACACACGUAUUUAAUUAUUGAUUGAUUGAUUGAUAGUAAUUCCUUCUUCAU